CUCGACAGUGCGCCGGGGGGGUUCGCGGAAAGCCGUGCGGCGAUCGAUUGCUCCUGCCUGAUCCCUCUGACGCUAAAGAUGGACGCCUGCCGAAUUAGGUAAAUAAACACGUAAAGCGAUCUGCGCGACUGCGAUCGGGGUAUUUUUUUUUCCUCUUCCCUCUCCUCGCGCAGGCCGGUUCCUUGGCCUGGCGCGGGCGUCGCUCGCGCUCCCGCGGACGGAGCAGCGGAGUAAUGCGGCCAAGGAGCCGCAGUGCAGCGGCGUAGGACCGGCGGAGGCGCUUCGCGGCGAUCGCGUCUUAUUCCUCGAAGGCAGCGGCGAUAAAUAUGAUAAGAGCAGGACACACACAGGUUCGAUGCCUUCGCUUUGUUCGAAUUUCUAAAACAAGCGCCUUUUGGAAACGUUCGUCGGUUGUCUCGGGCGAUCUCAGCCGCCCCCCCCCCCUGUGUAAGCUAGCCUGCUCGUAGCCACGCUCUUUUGUUUUGGCUAACGUUUUUUUGGCUAACGUUUUUUGGCUAACACUUUUUUUGGCUAAGCUACUUCGAUUAGCCAUUAACCUCCGAAUCGUCCAGACCCGGCGCGACGGGACACACGCCGCCUUUUUUGGCGUCCUGCCCGUCGACGUACGACAAGGAGCUGUGCCGAGAGCUACGCUGACAUUCUCGGUUGCGUUAUUAGCGCGUCGUAAACGUGGAAAGCCUAAAAAUCAGCUGCUCGCCCGCUUGUUCAACGUGCCGUUCCCUGUUUUGGCCGAUGCUUGCUGCGCUACAGCAUGACCACAGCGGCGUCGGCCCAUCGUGUACUUCUGGCAAAUGAAAAUGGAGGAGGUUUCAAUGUCCAGCCUGGACAACAGCAAGCUGGAGGGCCUAGCGCAGGACAUCCUGUCUGACUUGGUGGAGGAUGCGUGCCUGGGGCUGUGCUUUGAGGUACACCGUGCCGUCAAGCAGGGCUACUUUUUCCUUGAUGACACGGACCAAGAAAGCAUGAGGGACUUCGAAAUUGUGGACCAGCCAGGAGUAGAUGUGUUCGGCCAGGUGUACAACCAGUGGAAGAACAAAGAAUGCGUGUGCCCAAACUGCAGCCGGAGCAUCGCUGCCUCACGCUUUGCCCCGCACCUGGAGAAAUGCCUGGGAAUGGGACGCAACAGCAGCCGCAUAGCCAACCGCAGAAUAGUCACUGGUAACAACACAAACAACAAGUCCGAAAGUGACCAAGAGGACAACGAUGACGUCAACGACAACGACUGGUCCUAUGGGGCAGAAAAGAAAGCCAAGAAAAGGAAAUCUGAUAAGAAUCCAAACUCGCCCAGAAGAUCCAAAUCAUUCAAGCAUAAGAGCGGUGUGAUGUGUCGGUCCUCUGAUGGCCUGGCGGUCCAUCCAGGGUGUCUCCCCGCCUGCCGCCCAAUGGCUGCUGGUGAUAGGCUCCAGCAUCCCCCGACCCUGAGUAAGGGCAUGAUGGGCCCCAGACGUCGCAUGGACAACCAGGAGAGCCCGCGCAUGCUGAUGAAGGAGGAGGCGUUUCCUCAGUAACACAAACAAUACUCUUGACAGUUGUGUGUGCACGCACGCACACGCACGCACGCACGCACGCACGCACGGACACAGGGGGAAGACCAGUAACACUUCACCCGCCGCGCUCUUUGUUGUUAAGUCAACGGACCUUGGUGUUGUCGGUGACUUCCACAGUGUUUGCCGUUCUGCAGAAGCAGUCCAAAACCUUCCACAAGUAUACUUGACUUGUUUUCCUCUUCUUUUCACUAAAUCGUUGUACAAACA